AUGAAGCUCAUUCUCGCCCUCAUUGUAGUCUUACCAACUGCCUUUGCCGCCUUUGGGGUGGUCAGGUCCGGUAACAAUUUCGUCGUGGACUCUGGCGCCGGUCUCGUAACCACGAUCAAUGCCAAUAACGGUGAUAUCACCUCGCUGAACUACAAUGGGAAACAACUGCAAGACCAAUCCAAGUUUACUCAUCUGAGCUCAGGACUGGGUUCCGCCUCUGUGACGACCCUCGGUGAACAACAACAUCGCUGUAAUCACUAUCCGAACCAGCACGAUUACGCGUUCCAAGUACUAUUCGAGCACAUCAACAACCAGGGCGGGGACCAACAGGAGCUUUAUUGGUAUAUGAACUCUGGUCACUACCAGACCGAAUCCUGGCGCACCGGAUUCUUUGGUCCAUAUGCCCUUGUUAUUACCAAUGGUCAGGCUCCAUCCCCAGAUCUGGACGUAUCAUUCUUCGAGGAUCUCAAUCUCCAAGGAUAUGUACGAGCCUCGCAGCGUGGUACCGUCACUGGAUCUUUCUCCGGCGUCCUCCCUGGACAACCGGUUGUUAUCGGUUUCAAGAACGCAGCGGCGCAGUACUGGGUCGAAGCUUCCGGGUCUGGAAGUGGAUCGUUCACUCGCAACAUGAUGAAGCCUGGUACCUACGAUGUGACCUUGUUCCAGGGGGAGCUUGAGGCUGGCGCCGGCCGUGUUACCGUCAACGCGGGCCAGACCACCGCCAUUAACCUCUCGUCUAACUUAAGCAGGCCCAAUGUUAUCUGGUCUAUUGGUACUCCUGAUGGCACUCCACGAGGGUUCUUGAACGCCGAUAAGAUCGAGAUCAUGCACCCCCACGCAGUUCCUACUUAUUCCUCUACCCUCCAGGUCAACAAUCCAACCAGGGUCCAGUGGAAUGCCAACUCAAGCCAAAUUGGCGCCCGAACCUUGCGCAUCCGCACUACCGGCGCCUUUGCUGGCGGAAGGCCACAAAUCUACGUCAACGGCCGAUGGACAUCCCAUGCCCCUCCUGAGGGUAAAGGUUCUGUUGGCUUUGUAACCCGCGGUACUUGGCGACGAGAUAAUCAAGUUUAUGCUGUGAUUCAGAUGACUUCAACAUACCAUCUGGCAUCCUGGUGA